AUGGGCAAGAGCGGACGACCAUGGCGCGCACCCGCCAAAGAGCAAUCCAAACGGUGGGACUACUGGCGUGGGUCCUGGGGCUCGCCCAGGUCAGCUCAACAGAACCAGGCUUGGGAGGACCAGUCCUGCCCGAGCUUCCCCGCCUACGAUGCGGUGCCAGCCAAGCCGAAGGAGUUGGUGGUGGUGCAGGAGCGACGCUUGGGACCUUCCCAGGCCAAAGAAGCACCGUCCCUCGUGCAAGCUGCGCAGAACGCCGUGAACCAUGCCCGCCGCCUGGACACCAAACUGGCCCGGUUGCAAAAGGAGCUUCAGGCAAAGCAUGGUUGUUGGGACCGAUACAUGGCCUCAUUGAAGGCGAGCCUGCGACAAGAGAAGCAGAGGCAUGUCCAGGCCUGCCAGAAGCUGCAAGAGGAGAUUGCCGAAGUCACUGCCCUACAGGAAGCUGCACACCAGCAGCUAAUGGGCGGUAUCCCAACGGGGGGUACAAUGCAGAUGGAUGUGGACCUCAGCGAGGANNCAAACCACGAGCGGCCAAGCUAUGAUGGCGGACAUAGGGCGGCUCCUGGGAGUCGCACAGCAAGCCGGGCGCUCCCUAGCAAGACAGGGAAUUGCGCCACACGAGGGUGCGCCGGCGCCGAGGACGCCUACGCACCGGCCCAGACAGGUGGCUCCCAUGACACCACCGCCUACAAGCCCGGCGCCAGUGGCAAUCGAUCCUUACAUUACGUCCCCAUCGGCUACGUCUAUGGGUGCCCCGGAGAAGGUUGGCGGAACGCCCACCUUUGGCAGAACAUCAAGGAAGCCGCCAAGGCUUCCCCUUCACCGACGGGUGCCGCAUCUGGCAGGACGAUUGCGGACAAGCUGGACGAGAGACGUGCGCAGCUUUCAGCAGUGGCUGUCGAGGGCGCUGCGGCCCCGGAGACCGGCCCGAUGAUACCCACACAUUCCGGGCCAGUCCACGCAAAGUUUGUGGAGGACGAUCCCGACGAGGACUUCGAGGAGUCUUUGUUUGGCUCCGAUGGCGAGCUGAGGACCAUGGAAUAG